AUGGCCGCGUUCGCUCUUGGUGCACUUGCUCUCGCUGCCGCCGUGUCUGCCGCACCCAUCGACGACCGCGAUGCGCUUCGAAAGGAGCUGUCCGCGUGGAAGGCCAGCGACGCCGGUGUCUACGCAGCUGCCAACGGUCUUCUUCGCGAGCACCUUGACGGGGCGAGCGAGGACGCGGAGCUCGCCGUCUUUGCGGCGAGCAAGGCCGCGGCGGCUGCGCUCCAGAAGGCGCACCCGCUCGCCGAGUUCUCCGUCGACACGCCGUUUGCUUUGAUGACGAGCGACGAGUUUGCGUCGUGGGUCACAGCAGCACGCCCGGCGCGCAACGCAUCAGCGUUGCCCGCGUCGUCGGAGGGCAUCUCGGUUGCGACGAACACGGUCGACUGGAAGAAAUCGGGCUGCGUCGCGCCGGUCAAGGACCAAGGCGGCUGCGGCUCGUGCUACGCCUUCUUGUCCGUCGGCGCAACGGAGAGCGCGUACUGCCUCGCCCACCACCAACGGCGCACGCUCUUCUCCGAGCAGCAGACAGUGAGCUGCGGCCCAGGCUUGGGUUGCCGAGGCGGGUACCUCGACGACUCGCUCAAGUGGAUCGCUUCCAACGGCCUCUGCACGAGCGAUUCGUACCCAUACACAAACGGGCAGAGCGCGACGGCGCAUCCGUGCCAGUCGACGUGCCAGAAGCUCCCGAUGCCGUUCUCCAACAUUGCGGUUGUCGCUGGCGAAGACACGCUCGAGAAGGCGCUCAACACGCAGCCCGUGGCCGUCGAGGUGGCCACGGGUGGUGACACGUGGCGGCUCUACAAGGGCGGCAUCAUCACCGGUGGCUGCUCGGGACCGCUCACCCACGGCGUGCUUGCGGUCGGGUACGGUGCCGCCGGGUCGCCGUACUACAACUUGAAGAACUCGUGGGGGCCCAACUGGGGCGAAGGCGGCUACGUGCGUCUCCAGCGUGGCGUCGGGGGUCCCGGCAUGUGCGGCGUCGCUUCGUUCAUGGCUUACCCCGUGCUGCGCAAGCCGCAGUUCUACCUCGUCACCUCGCACGGCCACCUCAUCACUGAGUUUUACUCGGACCUCUACGCGUCGUCGUCGACCAAGUCGGGCGCGAUGAACGAAGAGUGGAGCUACGACUUCACGACGCGCCAGAUCAUCGUGCACUCCAACUACGAGUGCCUCGACGCGUACAACGACGGCGGCACGUACCGUGUCCACACGUACAAGUGCGACGCGAGUAACCCGAACCAGCGCUGGAGCAUGGACAACUACCGCGUCCAGCACCUCCACUUUCCCAACCUCUGCCUCGACGUCGACCCGAACCAGAACCACAAAGUCCAAGUCUGGUCCUGCGCCGAGAACGCGCCGAACCAGCGCAUCACGGGUGUGUGGGACGAGAAGGUGACGCUGCGCAGCUUCAACCAGCUCACGAUGGGUGUGGACGGCGACAACGUCCAGUUCAACGGCGGCGUCGAGUGGGGCGUGAGCGUGAGCGACGACACGUGGCGGGCGCGGACGGGCGAUUGGACCAAGUGCCUCGACGCCUACGACGCGCGCAACGGGGGUGCUGUGCACUUGUAUCCGUGCGACGGCAGCAACCUCAACCAAAAGUGGCGCUACGACCCGGCGACCAAGCAGCUCAAGCACCUCACGCACGCUGGUUUCUGCCUCGACAUGGGCUCGGAGGCCGGUACCCGCGCACACCUCUACUGGUGCAACACGGCGAUUGUGCUCCAGCUCUUUGACCGCGCCACGUCACUUCUCUAG